GUCGGGAGGAGAAAGAGAACUGAAGUGGACCGAAGCGCUGAGAGAGAGAGAGACGAAGCUUCUGUCACUUUCGCUGCUUAAUCCUCACGCAGACUCGUCCAUCCUCAUCAACUCAUUCAUUCGUCUUCUUCUUCCCUAAUUUUUUCUUCAUAAUAUCAUCAAAUCUCCUCCUCCUUCGCUUCUUCCUUCCAUUGCUUCGCCAAAUCUACCCUCUCUCUCUCUCUCUCUCUCUAACAGAGCAGAAGGCUGUCAUCGAAGAAGAAAAAUAUGUCGUGGCAGACGUACGUCGACGAGCACCUCAUGUGCGACAUCGAAGGCAACCACCUCACCUCCGCCGCCAUCAUCGGCCAGGAUGGCUCCGUCUGGGCCCAGAGCUCCUCCUUCCCUCAGUUCAAGCCUGAAGAAAUAACUGCCAUUAUGAAUGAUUUUACUGAACCGGGGACCCUUGCACCAACCGGACUGUUCCUCGGGGGGACAAAGUAUAUGGUCAUACAAGGUGAACCAGGUGCUGUUAUUCGAGGAAAGAAGGGACCUGGUGGUGUUACUGUCAAGAAGACGAACCAAGCCUUGAUAAUUGGCAUCUAUGACGAGCCAAUGACCCCAGGCCAGUGCAAUAUGAUAGUCGAGAGGCUGGGUGACUAUCUCAUCGACCAGGGUCUCUAAUCACGAAUUUUGUCUGUGCACUUAAUUUCCUCCUUUUCAUUUUACGGUUGGGCUUUUUGUUGGUGAGGGUAUACAUCUGCCUGCAUGAAGUUGGAAUUCUUGCAGUCUGGUGACGUUGCUUUUACAAUUUGAGGUCAUGGAGGCUUCAAAAGAUAAAAAACAGAAGAAAAUGUUGUUUGCACUCCGAGAGUAGAUUUUAUAUGUGGGGGCCUAUAUUACUUCUUCUUAAUUAGUGUUCACCUUUGUUUUAAUUGUCUGUCUUCCCCUGGUUGGACCUCUAUUUGCUAUAGUCUUGGUGUCUCUCUUGUCGACAUGGAAAUCUGGUUUUUCCAUGGUAGAGUCUGAACAUAGAUCUUUUAGCAGCAACUCAAGGUGUAACAUAUUCCUUAUGCUCGCCACCGUAAUGAGUACAUUAUUUUUAUAUUUAUGUGGCUUUAAGAAUUUUUGGAACCUGAA